GCCUCGCUGGGCGGUUACUCUUUAACCUGCCACCCCCCGCUCCGCCCACCUGCGUGCUCCAGAGCAGCCCCGCGGCGGGGCGGGAGGGGUUGCUUCUGCCCUCGCGGCCGGCUGCGGGGAGUGGGAUCUCCCUCCGUUCCCCGCCCCGGGCGGGCUGAGGAAGAGCAGACCCCCUUCUUCGCCACCGCAGGCCGACAGGAGGGAGAGCGCCGGGGAGAGGGGCUCCGCUUCCCCCGCCAGCCGCCCCUUCCAGCGGGAGCGGGUGGGGAGAGGAGCUGCCCCUACCUGUGAGGAGACGGCUCGCUCUCCCCCCAUGGGCAGCGGGGCUGGACCGCCGUGAACUCCUCCUUCGAGCCCGUCCGGCGGCCGGGGAAGCCUCUCGCCAUGGCUGUCGGCGGGCUCUGGAUCUCGCUGCUGCUGAUGGCGGGCAUCGUGGCGGCGGUCGCGCUGUGCCGCCUUGCGGCUCGCCGCCGGCCGGGCGCUUUCCUGCGGGAGCUGUUGGGCACCUUCCAGAUCUGCGCCUGCACUAACGAGCUCUGCCUGCUGGCCGGCGCGGGGCUCCCGCCGCCCGCCGCGCUCGCCCUCACUUACGGCUUCACCGUGCUGCACGGCCUGACGCUGGCCGGCAGCACGUGCAACCCGUGCGGCACCUUGCAGCAAGUGUGGGCCGACGGCGCGUCCCUCGGGGCGGGGGGCCUCCGCGUCGGCGCCCAGUUUGCGGGCGCCGUGCUGGCCAGAGGAUUCAUGCACCUCAUCUGGAGCCUGGAGAUCGCCGAGCCGCACUCCGGAGCGCCCUGGCGGGGCUGCAGCGAUCCCCUGCAAACUACAGAGACGCAGGCGUUUUUCAUAGAACUGCUCUUUUCUGCUGUUUUCCAGCUGGCCGUGCUGCAGUUGCACACUAUCCAUCCCAGCUUCAGAGUCCAUUUUAUUGCUCUUCUCAUCACCAUGCUUGUGUAUUCAGGUGGAAAUCUCACAGGAGCAAUAUUUAACCCAGCAUUGGCUUUUUCAUUACAUCCAUAUUGUUUCUAUGACAAAUUUUUGAGUUAUUCACUAGUAUAUUGGAUAGCACCGUCCUUAGGUACAAUACUUGUCGCUUUUGUAUGGGGUGAAAUCCUUCCUCGGAUAUCUUGAGACCAAAUUCUGAACUCCAGCAAUACUACAUUUAAAAAAAACACUUAAUUACAUUGCAGCCACCUGUGGAAAGGAAGCUUUCAGAAAACUGCUGACAUUAAUUUCUACAUUACCUUCCAGUGUGUUUUUAGAUUUUAUGUUUUGAAGUGCAUGACUUAAAACUUUGUAUUGAAACUCUUAUUUUGUAAUACCAUAUUGGGAUAUUGAGAGUAUUUGCCAACGUUUUCAGUUAAGCCAUAUGAAUGUGAAGAAAAGGACUGUUAAAUAUUGAAACUUUGUCACUUUAGCCAUAAGUGCCACUUGCUACAAAUGCAUAUAAAAUUAGAGAAGUACAGUCUUUUCAGGUUUGAUUUUAUUGGUUUCUUCCCAUAGACAGCACCUGCAAAAAAGGAGCUGAAGAUUUCAUUCUUUUAGUGACUUCAACAUAUGGCACUUCUGAGAGGAAGAAAGGCUGCACUACUCACUAGAAGAAUCUUCACAGCUCUAUUCUAGAGGUACCCUACCAAAAAAAAAAUUGUAGGACCAAUAUUGUUUUAAUAAUACUCAUUACAGGUAAGUAAGUCCUCUCUUCCUUUUGGGAAGACUGCCCCAUCCCGUCUCACUAUAGUCAACUGAAUGUUUAUCUUAGCUGGGAAGAGUGUUAAUAAAGUACUGAUAAAAUUCUACAGAAACCCAAGUCAAAGUGCAUUCUAUGGAACACAAUCUUAUGCUGACUACUGCUGCCUUUUCAGGAAUAGAUUAGAAAGUAUAUAGGGAUGAACAAUUCUGAACUUGAUUUAUCCUUGAUUUUACACAGUAAGUCUUACCAGAUAUUUUUCUUGAACUAAAUGAAUUUACUGAAGUAAGAGAAAAGAGCUAAAAACAUAGGAAAGCUGAAUACCCACUCAAACUGGCAUGAACAUGGUCUUUAUAGCCUUGGUUGAGGUGAAGAGCACGGCUAGCUACCAGUCCCCUGAAGUUCUGUUUGCAGCAUGACUUUUCUUUUUCUGGCUCCUGUAUGAUUGUUAUAUAGGUGACAUUAUGCCAAAAUAGAAUUUUCAAAUUUUAAGAUUAAAUUUAGUUUUUCACUUCAUAGUUACUAGGUUUGAAAGGAGAUACGGUUAACAAGUUCUAUAAAAAUCUCAGUAGUAGAGCCCUCUACUCAUUACAUAAGUCAUCUCAGUACCAAACUAGUAUUUUACAGCUUUGUUUACCUUGCAAACCAUAAUUUAAGAGGGGAGAGAACUGGACAAGGUUUUUUUGCACAGUAAAAUACUGAAUCAAAUCUUAAAGCAGCUACUGUUCUUAGUUAUCUUUUUUGAAAGAGUUUGAGAAGUAAAUGAUUUCAUGUAAUUUCUUGUUUGUUUCAAUAAAAUCUUUUCUUGGUUUAA